UCUUGUAUUUUACAGGUUUUCUUCGAUAUAAAGAUUGGUGAUAGAAAUGCUGGACGUGUUAUCAUUGGAUUGUUUGGAAAAGUUGUCCCAAAAACAGUGAAAAACUUUGUUGCGCUUGCAACUGGUGAAAAAGGUUAUGGCUACAAAGGCACCAAGUUUCACCGAGUUAUCAAAGACUUCAUGAUCCAAGGAGGGGAUUUCUCAGUUGGAGAUGGGACAGGAGGUUGGAGUAUCUAUGGGAAUACGUUUCCAGAUGAGAAUUUUAAGCUGAAGCACUAUGGCAUUGGCUGGGUGAGCAUGGCUAAUGCAGGGCCAGAUACCAAUGGGUCACAGUUCUUUAUCUCCACAACAAGACCUUUAUGGCUCAACGGGAAACAUGUUGUGUUUGGCAAAGUUCUGGACGGCAUGGCUGUGGUGCACUCGGUAGAGCUCCAAGCAACAGAUGACAAGGACCAUCCUUUCCAGGAGUGUGUUAUAGUGAACAGUGGCCAGAUCAACGUCAAAGAACCAUUUGUGGUGGAAGUGGAUGACUGGCAGGACUAA